CUAGCCAGCGGAAGGGAAUUUUCGAAUAAAACGAACAUGCGACAUCACCUGUCAUCCCUUUCCACCUGAAAGGGAAAAGGGAAUUACUGCAGAAUGACUGACGUUGUUACUUAUCCCAACCACAGCGUCAAUAUAAGCUCUGGAAUGCAGCAUUAGCAUUCCCCGUCGCGCGGUAACAUACCCCAAACACCCCUUCAUAAUAACGACUUUCCCACUCCCAUGUCCCUUCUUCCUAAAAAUACCCCGACAAGAGUAAAACAAUACAUCCCAUAUGCCUAUACAGCGAUCUUAUGCUACGAACAUGACCCGUCCCGGCCUCGCACAGAAGCGCCUCAUCUCGCAUCGCUUCCACCAGAUUCCCGAGACGCCAGCGGAGGAUGAAUCGAUGAUAGCCAAUGAUGUUACUAUUAAUAUUCCACUGGACGAGGAGGAUGACCAGCAGAACCAUGACCAAGAUAGAACAGACGCACACAGCAAAAGCGACUCUCUCUCAUUUUUCAGAUACAACAGCGCAAUACACAACGAAGAAGGCAGUGAAAAAACACACCUCGUCCCAGACUGCGACGCAUCCUCAACAGGCCGACGCCGGAAAUCCAAAUCCCACAGAACACACAGCACCCACACCAACAAGCCCAACCCCAACUACAACUACAAACCUAGCGACAACCGCACAGAACACCCUCCAGACGGAAACAAAAGUCUAACCCGCCUCCGUCGCCUCUACAAAUUUCUCAUAAACUCCUCCAUCAUAACACGCUACAUCGCCUACAUAACACCGCUCGCGAUCCUAAUCGCAAUACCCAUCAUCGUCGGUGCAACGGCAGCUCGCUACGCGACUAUCGGUGGUGUCACAUUGUAUUGGUUUUUUGCGUGGAUUGAGGUUAUCUGGUUGAGUUUGUGGGUGUGUAAGAUAUUGGCGAGGGGGCUGCCAUACAUUUUUCAGAGUUUGUGGGGGGUUGUUAGUCCCGGGGGUAGGAGAUAUGGGCUUGUGCUCAGGGCUUUAGAGAUUCCGAUUUCGUUGGUGGGGUGGACGGGGGUUUCGCUGGUUACUUUUUUCCCGAUAAUGGCGCAUAACCCUGAGCGAAUAGCGCAUGGCGAUACAAACCCUAAAUCCUGGGAGAAGUCGGUGAAGAAUAUCCUCUUAGCGCUUUUUGUUUGCAGUCUCAUCUUCCUAGCGGAGAAGACGAUGAUUUUGCUUAUCUCGAUAAACUAUCACCGGAAACAAUUCGACAGCAGGAUCAGAAAGUCUAAACAACAUGUCCGACUGCUAAGUACUCUGUACGAAGCUUCGCGGACUAUGUUCCCGAUGUACUGCAAGGAGUUUUACGAUGAGGACGUGUUAAUCUGUGAUUCUAUGCUUGCAGCUGCUGGGGGCACUGCGUCCUCGAAUAGUUCGUUUCUGCGAGGGAGAGCUGGUGUCAUCCGGAACGUGGGCCAGAAUGUCAACCGGUUUGCUGACCAGGUUACCGAGGCGUUUGGAAAUUUUGCGCAGGAAAUUACGGGGAAGCAUGUGUUCAAUCCCACGGCAGCGCAUUCGAUUGUGACACAAGCUUUGGAGAGGAAAAGGUCUUCUGAGGCCCUUGGAAGACGGAUUUGGAUGUCGUUUGUUAUUGAAGGGCGGGAGGCUCUGUUCCCUGAAGAUAUCGCCGAGGUACUUGGGUCUGAACGGGAAGGCGAAGCCGAAGAGGCGUUUCAGUUACUGGACCGUGAUGAGAAUGGGGAUAUCAGCCUUGAUGAGAUUAUCCUGGGUGUUACAGAGAUAGGGCGGAUGCGGAGAGCUCUGCAUCAUAGUCUGCAUGAUGUCGAUCAGGCUAUUCAGGUUCUGGAUAACCUACUCCUCACUGUCGCUGGGAUAGUGGGUGUUCUCGUCUUUGUCUCCUUCGUGACAUCUGGCUUCGGAACGGUUAUUGCAGCAGGAGCAACCUCGCUCCUAUCACUUAGUUUCGUCUUCUCAACGACCGCCCAGGAAGUCCUAGGCUCAUGUAUCUUCCUAUUCGUCAAGCACCCCUUUGAUAUCGGUGAUCGGGUCGAUAUCAACGGUCGGCCGUACAUGGUCGAACGAAUUUCCUUGCUUUUUACGGUUUUCCACUGCAUCUCAGACCACCGUAUCACACAGACAUCAAACGCAACCCUAAACACCCUCUGGAUCGAUAAUAUCACCCGCGCAGACGCUAUGCACGAGCAACUUACCAUUAGUGUUAACUUUAACACUACCUUCAAUGACAUCCAGUCCUUGCGAGGCGAAAUGGAGGCUUUCGUCUGGAGCAAGGAUAACUGUCGAGACUUCCAGCCUGAUGUUGAGCUUGAAGUCCUGGGUGUCGGUGAUGAUACAGACAGACUGCAAUUGCGAGUUGACAUUCGGCAUAAAUCAAACUGGGCCAACGAGAGUGUCCGCGCUUCGCGACGCUCAAAGUUCAUGUGCGCUCUGGUUCUGGCUAUGAAAAAACUCCACAUCCGCGGCCCCGGUGAUGAUGCCACAAUUUACCCAGGAGACGACCAACAACCUCUCCCACCCACCAACGAUGACAACGACACCGAAAAAGCCAACAAACGCGCCUCAGACACCAGCACAAACGCCCAAAUCCGCGCAACGCAAGAACAAGGCCAGUCUACAGCGCACCUCAUGGUGCCCCACAGCGCCAACCCCCCAACGGGAGCAAGAACAACUGGAUAU